ACUAUAUCAUCCCCUCUUUAUCACGAGCACUUUAAAAAAAGAAAACAUAGCAAAGGCUGUGUUAUACUGUGUCAACCCACUUUUUGCUCAAGAUCGUCACGCUGGUCCUAGAUAUUGUAUUCGCGCUUCUAAGGCUGUUGCGGACCCGCACGAUGCAAUCGAAAACCGGCUUCUGUCACCAGUCCUACAGUGAGAGAAGGCCUCUACAUUGUCCCUCUCGUGGAACCUGCGAGCGGAAACGGAGGGAGAAGAUUACUAGAUUCGGCAGGAGACUCCUAGCCCCAGUCGUCAAAGCCACUAACCUUGCUGUGAUAACCUAGUGUGGGUUCGACCAACCCCACCAUGCGAUAUAUGACCAUACUCGCACUUUGUACAGAGUCAAUAUCACUACUUAAGACGUUCAGUAAACCAAGCAAGACUGCGAAGACCAGAUAUAAAAUCGAAAUCAGUAACCAUGCCUCAAGCCAUCAAGCUAAAAGCACCGAAUGGUCAAGAGUGGGAGCAGCCGACGGGCCUCUUCAUCGACAACGAAUUCGUGGAUUCAUCAUCCCCAGCAAACACAAUAGCAUCAAUCGACCCCGCCACGGAAAAGCAGAUUGCUGUAGUACAGGCUGCGUCAGAGCAAGACGUUGAUCGUGCAGUCCAAGCAGCGAAGAAAGCACUGAAGAAUCCAGAAUGGAAGCAACUUUGCGUUACUCAACGUGGGCGACUCAUGGCAAAGCUUGCAGACUUGAUGGAAGAGAACAAAACGCUUCUUGCCACUAUCGAUGCUUGGGAUAAUGGCAAGCCUUAUAAUGUAGCCCUUACCGAAGACCUCCCUGAAGCGUUUUCUACCAUUCGCUACUACGCUGGUUGGGCAGACAAGAUUUCCGGACAGACCAUCAGUACGACCCCCCAAAAGUUUGCAUAUACCCUACGCCAGCCCAUCGGUGUCGUCGCCCAGAUCAUCCCUUGGAACUACCCUUUAUCCAUGGCUUGCUGGAAACUUGGACCUGCGCUAGCGUGCGGUAAUACGGUUGUAUUAAAAGCAGCGGAGCAGACCCCACUAUCAAUUCUCAUUCUGGCCAAACUUAUCAAGCAGGCUGGGUUCCCACCUGGCGUCGUAAAUAUCUUGAAUGGGCUUGGACGGGAAGCAGGUGCAGCGUUGGUACAACAUCCCCUCGUCGACAAAGUCGCUUUCACAGGCUCUACGACUACAGCUACCCAAAUCAUGAAGAUGGCCGCAGUAGGGCUGAAGAACAUUACUCUAGAGACUGGAGGCAAGUCCCCGUUGAUCGUCUUUGAAGAUGCCGAUAUGGACCAGGCGGUACGAUGGUCGCACGUGGGUAUCAUGUCGAACCAAGGGCAGAUAUGCACAGCCACGUCUCGAAUACUUGUCCAGGAAUCAGUGUUUGAUACAUUCGUCUCUCAAUUCCGUCAGCAGAUUAAAAAUGUUUCCAUCAUCGGUAAUCAAUGGAGCGAAAACACUUUCCAGGGCCCUCAAGUCACGAAGCAGCAAUAUGAGCGAGUGCUAUCGUAUGUCGACAUCGGUAAAUCUGAAGGGGCAGAGCUGAUAGAAGGCGGAGAGGCUUGCGAAGGCAACGGCUACUAUGUCAAGCCGACAGUAUUUACAAAGGUCUCGCCCAACAUGCGCAUCUACCGAGAGGAAAUCUUCGGCCCCUUCGUAGUGAUUGCCACUUUCUCAAGAGAAGAGGAGGCGGUGAACAUGGCCAACGAUUCAAUUUUCGGUCUUGGUAGUGCUAUCUUCACAAAGGAUCUCGAAAGAGCUCACAGGGUGGCUGCGGAGAUUGAAUCGGGCAUGGUAUGGGUAAACAGCAGUCAAGAUUGCGACUACAGGAUACCUUUUGGCGGCGUGAAACAAAGCGGUAUUGGAAGAGAGCUUGGGGAGGCAGGACUGGAGGCUUACUCACAGGUGAAGGCAGUACAUAUUAACAUGGGCAACAAGCUGUAAACCUAUUAGAGGGAGGGGAAACCGAUGAUCGUGGUCGAAGAUAUCAAUAGACCCUGC